GAGGGCAGCCUUUUUCUUUUAAGAUGGGAAGAUAAAAUUCUUUUAGCUUUAUGGAAAGCUUUUGGUGGAAAUCUGUAUUUCCUUGUGAUUGUUAGAAGAAUAAGCACUGAGGCGAAGCAAGCACACAAUGAAGUUAGGUCUGGUCCUGAGGUUAUUAUCAAUAGGAAUACUCAUUUCUGCAACAUGGACCCAAGUGGCAUCAGGACUUGUGAGCGCAGAGUGCUUGAAGAACUUUUUGCAUUUAACCCUGAGCAUGGAACACUUGAAGGAUAAAUAUUUAUCUUUUUCUGCUGUUGACCAAUCUGGUGUAGCCUGGGAGUUCGAUGAGGCCCUGGCAUCACAGUGUGGCUACACAAUAAUGUACAGCAGCAGGAAUAGCAUUGUGUUUCGUGCUUCUGCACUAAGUUGUCAUUCUCACUUGGAGAAAGAUGUGUUCACAGUAACUAUAAAAAUAAAAGUGUCCCAUACUUCUGAUAUGAAAAAUGCUACAACUCAUCUGAAAAGUGCAAGUUGCCCCUAUGGCCCGUGGAGUCCAAGAGAGUUAGUAUGUGAAACCAACUACAUGGAGGUUUCUGUCCAGAGAGUUGUUCCCCAAACUGAGGAUAUCGUGUUGAAUGAACCUGAGGACUGGGUUCUUUCUUAUCCAGAGCCAAAAGCAGGGGAAGCCUCAAUAUGGCAGAUAGUGUUUCAUCAACCAGAAGAAAAAAGAGCUCUGCUUGUAAGUGAUGCUUGGAAGGCUGGCUAUGGGCUCAACACCACAGAAAACAGAAUUCUGCUGCGAGUGCCAUAUAACACUGCACAAACUCAGCUGGUCAAGGCUCAGGGAAUUACCUUUUCUGUAGUGAGAUCAAGUACAUUUUACAAACAGCAGUGGAUGAUUCUGAUGGUGGAUACUACUGUGGCAUGUCCUGUAGAUGGUGUGGAUUACACUAACAAAACAAUCAUCUGGACUGUUCCAAAAUAUUUUCAAGCACUCUGUGCUGGAGCAACUGGCUUUAAGGAUGUGCUUGUUGAAGCUGGCGUGAAUCUACACAAACUCUCUGCUGAAGAAAUGGCCUCCAGGAAAUAUGUCUUAUCUAAUGACUUAAGUACAAUUACAAUGAAGAUACCUAUAGGUGCAGAAGGUGGUGCUUACAAGACUUCUGUGAGCAGUGGAAAGCAUGGGGCAAAAUACUCCAUCAGCCUGUUCUUGGAACACCAGUGGAAGGAUAACAAAUGGGGAUUAACCAAGUAUACCAUCAUCAAAGAAAUUGAAACACCAUUUGAACAAGCAGAACUUGCUAUCACUAACAGCCUCAAUCUGAGUGCAAGGCUAAUGAAUGUUACAGUGGGAAUGUUUCUCCUGGAUGUGGAGCUCAUGAACUUGACUAUUGAAGGGGCAACUGUAACUGUAUCUGAAGCUAUUCAGCGUGGAUAUUUAACAUAUGAGAUUCAAUAUGCUAAUGGAAGCAAAAUCUAUGUAAUACAAGUGUCAUUUGAUGCACCAGGCAUUAAGAAAGAGUACAUAACUGAUGACACAAGAGAAUACACACUCAAUGUCACACUGAAGUUUAUUAUCCUUCCAACAAGUGACACAUUUGCUGUUCCCAUCGUAACAGUGUCUGCUGUUAAAGAGCCUGUACUACCCAGUGCAAGGGGAUUUUGUGAUGAGAAGGACUUCCAUCUCAUUAUCACACGUGGAAAUAUGCAUCAAAACUGGCUCCCCUUCAUCUCAGAUCAGCACCUGAUGCCAGAGGCUGCCCAGAAAUACUACUAUAGCCUGAAUGACAAUGGCACUCACUUGGCUGUCUCUGUCCCUUUCCUUUCCUCCCUUGUGGACUAUAAGGAUAUUCAUACUUCUGGAGUAUUGGCUUCACUCCACUUAACCUUGAAGGAUGGUAUCACCUUGGCUAACAAGAAGGACUUCUCCAUUUCCUGCAGAUUUCCACCUUCGAAGCUAAUACAGUGCUUUCCCAAUGGCAACGUGGUAAUUACUGCAAUAAAAUUAGUAAGACUUGCAGAUCUGGACACCAGCCUGCUUGUCUUAAGAGACAAACAAUGCAAACCCAGUCUGGUGACAAAGAAAAUUGCAACCUUUAAAUUCAAUGUGAAUACAUGCGGAACAAGUAGAAAGUUCAACAGCACAUCUAUAACAUAUGAAAAUGAUGUACUCUAUUUCAAACCUGGAAAUAAUAUACCAGUAUACCAAUUGAAGUUUGUAUGUGUUUACACAAUCAAGCACUCAGCUGACAUCCGAUAUGAAAAUAAGAAGAACCUUCCAUUGAGUAUUAAGCCAGGUUUUGGCUCUCUAAAUCUCUCACUGAAGCUUUUUAAAGAGAAAUCCUAUUCUGAGCCCUAUCAGGAACUGGAAUAUCCUGUGGUGAAAUAUCUGCGGGAGGCACUGUACUUUGAAGUUGAACUACUCCAGCCUGCAGACCCAAGAUUGGAACUAAACUUGAAAGACUGCUGGGCUACCAACUCCCAAAACCAAGACAGUCUUCCACAAUGGCCAAUCCUUGUAAACGGGUGUGAAAAUAGCGAGGACUUUUACAGAACAGUCUUUCAUGAAGUUAAUUACAGCCACAGAGUAAAAUUUCCUCAGCACUUGAAGAGAUUUGAAGUGACAGUGUUCACCUUUGUACAAGACACAACUCUAUUACAAAUGCAGUUAUAUUUCCACUGCAGUGUUGUGAUCUGCAGCACUACACCGCUGCCUUCAGAUGUGAUUUGUCAGAGGAGGUGCAAUCCUGGGACACAUCGCCUUGACCGCAGUGCAGAACCGCAUCCAUGGGGCCAAGUGUCAUCUGGAGCAGUGCUUAUCAGAAAGGAAAAUGUGGCCAGCAAAGGUGAACACGCAGAUUGAGGGAAUGACCAACACUGUUUUGUUCCAUAAAGUCACAGACUGCACCAGUAACUCUGCUAAGCAGAGUAAGCAGCCACACUAGGGGAAAAUAAGCUUUUAGUGGAGACUUGGUGUAUUAUCACGGCAACUAUUACUAAGCUACUCUUACUAAACUCUGUCUAUGAAGUGUUCAGGAUUCUUCCUUACUAGAAGGAGUUCCUAUUAGAUUACUUGUGGUUUUUGUUUGUUUUUGGUGGAAAGAAAAAUGUCUUUUUUCCUCCACAUCUGAACAGAGCUAUGAAAACUGCUCAGAUUCGCUACUGUAUUUUCCUGUUGUAAGGAAAGCUAUUACUUGGCAUGAAUCAUUAUUGCUUAGGGCAAAAUCUGUAACAAUUGGGUGUAAAAUACUGUUUGCUUUUUAACUUCAUUAAAUAGAUUUCUACUAUAGGGGAUUUAUGUGAAAGCCGCCUUGAGCAAGAAACUAUUUCAUGAAUAUGUUUGUACCUUGUGAAGAAAAGCAAUGAAUAAAUGAUUUGUAGCUCUGUUAUAAUACCUGUUCAGUGGCCUCAUUAAACCAGUUUGUGCUAUGA